AUUCUUUGACCGUCGAGCAAUGCAAUAUAAGAUUAGAGUUGGUGCUAUUGAGUUUAGUACUAGUAGAGCAGCUAAUUGCAGCAAUGGCUAGCCCGAGUUCUAUGUCGAUCAGUAGUGCGGUUUCUCCUAAACUCCAACUGCCUACUAAACAUUCAGUCGACGCUGAAGCUAAGGCUAAUCGCUCUCGUGAAUGGUUCGUCACUGACGAUGCUUCUCCGUCUAUUUUUCAGAAGAGUGUGGCAGAAUUGGUGGGUACAUAUAUGCUUGUGUUUGUGGGAUGUGGAGCUACACUUACCGACAGCAUUCAAAAGCUAAAUAUGGUUGGUAUAGCCAUUGCUUGGGGCCUAGUUCUCAUGGCGUUAAUUUACACAGUUGGCCAUAUCUCCGGUGCACAUUUCAAUCCCGCUGUUAGCAUUGCCCUCGCCUCCACACGAAAAUUUCCCUGGAAACAUGUGCCUGUGUAUACUUUGGCUCAGGUACUGGGUUCAACACUAGCUAGUCUCACUCUCAGAGUGUUGUUCCAUAAGCAAGACGAAAUUGAAAUAAUUGUAACUCAGUACAAGGAUUCAACUUCACAUCUUGAAGCUGUCAUUUGGGAGUUUAUGCUCACAUUUUUCUUAAUGUUCAGUAUUUGUGGUCUUGCUACGGAUCACCGAUCGAGCAAAGACCUUUCCGGCGUGGCAAUAGGCGGUACUCUGAUGUUCGACGCCUUACUCGCAGGGCCAAUCACUGGAGCUUCAAUGAAUCCUGCUAGAAGCUUAGGCCCUGCUGUUGUCUCAGGUGUUUAUAAGAAUCUCUGGGUGUAUAUUGUAUCCCCAAUCUUCGGAGCAUUGGCUGCGACUUUGGUGUACAGUCUACUACGAGUAUCCGAACCGAAAAAACCUGAUGAGACUACAAAAAACAUAUUUAAUCAUCUUUAUACAGUCAAUGAUGCAUAAGGAGGAGGAUGCUUACACAAGUGAUGAUCAAGUUCAUUACCAUUAUGGAGUAUUUUUGUACUUGAAAUAUUAUUUCUAUUAUAUUUCUUCGACUUCUUUUUACUGCAAUUUAGGAUACAGGAGUGUAACAAGCUGGAAAUAUGCAUUAUUUUUACGGUCACAGCUUUUCACCUCACCACACUGAAUUCUUCCUAAUAUCAUACAAGCAUAAAGGUGUACAAAAAUCAAACCGUCGGUUCAGUCUGACAAUAUAAAUAAAUUCUGAUU